UGUAGUAUUUGUAAGGAAAGAUAUAUUGGAAUGCUGCUAUGCAGGAACCAACAACCCAUUAUUUGUUCAAGAUGCUUUUCUGAAAAUGGUGUUCAUCGUUUCUCCUUGGCAAAUAACUUAGACCCAGGUGAGCAACCUGUUGUCUUAAAAAAACUUACCCAAGUAGAAGAGAUGCUUAUAGCUAGGGUUGCUCCUCUUUUGCAAGUCAGACAUGGAAAAGGUGGCCAAUACAAAUAUUCUGGUCACACAAUAAGUUUCCCCCAAGAUAUUUCAGAAAUUGCAAAGCUUUUGCCACGAAGACUAAAAGACCUUGAAGUUCUUAUUGUCCAUCGAAGUAAUAUACAAGGCACAAAAUAUGAUUGUUAUGUGAAUAAAUUCCAUGUUAUGGAUGCAUUGAGCUAUAAAAUACAACAUGACCAGUACUAUAAUGAUGUUGUCAUAGACUUUGAUGCUGUCAACCUGCUUCCUAAUACUACAACAGAUAUAUCAAAUAUGCUACGCUCUUUAGAAGAGCAUACUAAUGUAACAGGUAUUCCACCAACAGAAGACCUCCUGGACAAUUACAAUGAAUAUGAUGCAAAUAUGUCAUCAUCUUUUGUUCCAAAACUGCCUCCUCCACCCCGCGAACUAGAUACAGUUAAGAGAACCUUGCAGUUAGAUGUUGAUACUAAUAAUAAUAUCCCUUGGCCUGAAAUAAACUUGUCUCCGAUAAAUGAAUAUAAUACAAUAGGCUUGUUAGGCAUGGCAUUCCCAACCCUUUUCCCAUCUGGAGUUGCACUUCCACUACAGCCACGUAUCAAGCAUGUUUAUUUACAUGAAUAUGCUCUCCACUUACUUAGAUAUGCUGAUCAAAGAUUUGGGCAGCAUGUUAGAUUCCGGUAUUAUAUUUACAAUCUAAUUAUGAGACAUCGUUCGCAACAAUCUGCAGCUAUCUUCAUUAAAACUAAUUUGGGAGAGUCUGUCCCAACCACUAUCGAAGCACUCCAUGGACGAUUGCAAAACACUCCUGAUGAUCAGCUGCCUAACCAAUUGUUGCGCUUUGGCGCAACUCUUCGAGGCACCCGUGCAUAUUGGCGUAAAUCUAGAAAAGAGCUCGCUGCAAUGAUCUCCCAAUUGGGGCCCCCAACACUGUUCUUUACAUUAAGUUCAGCUGAUACCAAAUGGCCUGAUUUGCAUAGGCUCUUCUCUGAAAAUGAUGGCCAAACCACACAGUUUACAAGAAAACAACUUACAGACCAUGUGAUCUGCAAUCCACAUAUAACAGCAUUAUACCUUCACAACAGAUUUGCAAUAUUUCGUGAAGAAAUUAUUCAAAAGUUGUUCCAAGCAAAGGAUCAUUGGUAUAGGUAUGAAUGGCAACAUCGAGGCUCAGCCCAUAUUCAUGGCUUCUUAUGGCUCCCUGGAGCACCAAAUAUGGAGACCAUUAAUUGGACAGAUGAUAAUGAGGUGCAAAUGGCAAAAACUUUCUUCGACCAAUAUGUUUCUGCUUGGAACCCUCGCAUUGCAGCAGACCGCAUGAAUGCAAUGCCGUACACUGCAAUGGAUGACCCUUGCCUAGCUGAUACAAAAAAAAUCUUCACCAUGGAUGCUGCAUUGGAUUAUGAAGCAUUGCUUAAUACUUUACAGAGACACACAAAAUGUACAGAACAAACAUGCCUCAAGAAAAAAGGUCCCACAUUUGAAUGUCGUUACAAAGCUCCAUGGGUUCAACAAGAGAUGUCUACAUUGACAGUUGACAAUGACAACAACCCAUGCUAUAAACCUGCAAGGAAUGAUGAUCGUUUAAAUAUUCAUAAUCCUUGGAUGCUUUCACUAUGGAGGGCUAAUAUCGAUUGUCAACCAGUCACUUCAAAAAAAGCUGUCCUCCAAUACAUUUCAAAGUAUGCUUCAAAAUCAGAAAACAAAUCGCAAUCCUAUAUUGAAAUGCUGAAAACAAUACUAAAUACAAGUAAAUCUGAAGAUAGCAUUUUAUUAACAUAUCAGAAAUUUAUGAUGGGCAUAGUAGUAGACCGUGAUAUCAGUGCACAAGAAACUUGCCAUAUGUUACAGAAAUUGCCUCUUCUAAGUUGUAGCCGACAAUUUGUCUCUCUAAAUGUUGGCAGAAAAAUACUGCACCGUGUCAUAAAAUCAGAUAAUGGAGCUGACCUUUCCACAACUUAUAUCCAUGCUUAUAUGCAGCACCCUUUUGAAUUAAAUGCAACAAAUUUGCUACAAUCAGCACAAGGGUUUUCCUAUAAUUCUCAACGCAAAAAAACAAAAUGGCACAUCAGGGAUAAAAAAGCAAUUGUGACUGUAUAUCCUCAGUUUACAGAGCCUCCAAAUGAAGAUACCAAUCAGUUUGAGAUUUUUUGUUUGUCUGAAUUGCUGCUAUACAAACCAUUCCGUGACAUCCCAACUGAAAUAGGAGCUUCAAAGGAACAAAUUAUAAAAAAUUGGAAAAACUUUAAAAAGACAAAUUACAACCGUUUGGGAAAUCAACAAAUUAUAGAUGAUUGCACCCUUCCAAACGAAGAUGACAGUGACAAUAAUGGUUCCCAACAUCAAGAUGAUACAAAUCUGUACGAGUGGGAGCAGCUCUCACAAAUGGGAGCUUCAAAUAACUUUGUCCAGAAUGAUCUGCAAAUGCUAGGCCGUCGUGAUUACGAUAUUAGCCACUUUUGGGGAGCAACUGUUGUGGUUGAUCAACUAGACUCCACUGCCCUUCAGUUCAUACCUACAAGCAAGCUAAAAUCCCAACACACUAGCAUGCAAAUCUCCAGCCAAGACACAAAAAAAAACCAGCUAUCGCCUCAGCAAAAAGUUGCGCUCAACAUCAUUCUACAACAUCAUAAUAAUCAAUCUGCAACAACACCUUUACGAAUGAUUGUUCAAGGCACUGCUGGCACUGGUAAAUCAUUUUUAAUAGAUUGUAUUAGAAGAGAAUUAAACAUAUCUCCACCUAUGGCGGAAAACCCAUUACUUGUUUUAGCACCAACAGGAGUUGCUGCUUUUAAUAUACAAGCGACAACAAUCCAUGCAGGGUUGCGCAUACCUAUAAGAGAAAUGCAUCCUUUGACAGGGCAAUCAUUAAUGACAUUGCAAGAGCAAUUGAAACAUAUCAAAUAUAUUCUGAUAGACGAAAUGAGCUUUUUGGGCCCGAAACUACUACUUAAGAUAGAUAACCGUUUACGCCAAGCAUUCCCUAACAAACAACAUGACAUCUUUGGUGGCAUGUCCAUGAUUCUUGUUGGUGAUCUUGCUCAGCUUCCCCCUGUUAUGGAUAAACCUAUAUAUGCUUCACACUCUACAGCCCUCAGUUUAUGGCAUUCUUUUACUAUUGUCAUAACAUUGGACACUAUUUUCCGCCAGCAAGGUGCAUCUAUAAGACAACAACAAUUCAGAGCACUUCUUCACAACUUAAGAAACGCUCAAGCACUCCAACAUGAUUGGCAGUUUCUAAUGUGCCAGACAAAUGCAACAUUAACUAUUCAACAAAAGAAAGAUUUCAACUCUUCAAUCCACUUGUUUGCAACAAAUGAAUCUGCACGCUUGCAUAACAGGAAAAUGCUCAAAGAAUUAAAUUUGCCUGUCGCUCUAAGUUUAGCUAAAAUUGCUAAGCAAACAAAUACUGAAUAUGACACCAAUGAACAGCUACCAUUGGAAGUAUUACUUUCUAUUGAUCAGCAAGUGAUGUUAAUAGCUAACUUGUGGAUCAAAGUUGGCCUUGUUAAUGGUGCUAUUGGUCUCAUAAAACAAAUUGUAUAUGAAAACAAUACAAAACCACCAGACUUACCAAAAUAUGUGGUUGUCCAAUUCAAUGAUUAUAAUGGUCCUCCAUGGGAUAUAGCACAUCCAAAAGAUAUACCCAUUUUGCCAAUAACGCGAGGUAGGCGUACGCAAGUGCCUUUAACAAUGUCUUGGGCCAUCACUAUUCACAAAUCCCAAGGUCUUACAUUAGAUACAGCUACCAUUGACAUAGGUAAUACUGAAAAGCAAGGCCUCACAUUCACAGCUAUUUCCAGAGUCAAGACAAUUGAUGGAAUACGGAUCGAACCACCAUUCUCUUUUGAAAGGUUUUCCAAACUGCAAAAUAAUCCUUACACAACCAUUAGAAAGAAAGAAGAAACUCGUUUGCAGCUACUCUCUGCGCAAACAGAUAUCUAUUCACCUUAAAAACUUUUGCUCCAAAACCAUCUUUCUUACAUUCCACUACUUUCAACAAGGUAAUUACAAUUUUACAUUGUCAUACCUCUUCACAACAUGCACUUUCUUAAUCGUCCCUCAUACUAACUCUUUUUCCCUCGCUGUUCAUUUUAGAUUUCAUUCAUUCUAAGACAUCCUCCAUGCUGCAUUGAACACCACACACAAGCCUUCCUAUCUAUACACGCUUCAAUAAUUGUCUACAGAUAUCUCAGGUAUAAUACAGCUGCAAUGCAUUGCGCAUUCACAUUGCUCACUCCUCCAACAUAUACAGCUAUCUCAGGUAUGAUAUGUCACUUUUAUUGCUUAGAAUGUACUCUAUUAACAAACUUUUAUACUAAUCAAUGUCAAUUAUACAAAGUUAUACACAAUAAAAACAAUGCUAUGCUUAGUAUGUUCUUUUUGACUGCAAAACAUCUGUUCCUCACCCCAUAAUUAAAUUUCUAAGUAUUUUAACACUAAAAUGAAUAUAUUUCUAAUCAGUUUAAAACUUUAUACAACUCGAGCAUUUGUAACAGCUUUUAUCAAUCUCAUUGUUAGAGGAACUAUAUAUUAUACCUCUGAUAAGUUUUGUUACAAAAGUGUCUCUUCAAUUCAAAAGUUACUGCAACAACACAAGCAACUCUCCCAGGUAUGAUAUUUACAUUUUUUUGGCUUCAAGCAUACUUUAUUGACACCUUUUAUUGCUCUAACAUUGCUCUCUGUCACUUUUAACUAACUUCCCUCCUUGUGCGCCAGCUACAGUACAUUGCCUCUCCAGUGCAAACCUUCUCAAUCAAACAUUCAGUCUAAAUUUCCUACUGCAAAUUGAAGGUAUGCAUACCUACCCAACACAUAUAGUUUACAUUCUCUUCUUUUUAUGUGGCCAUGUAAUUCUUUCAAGGCAUAUUCUAACAAAUCUUCAAAUAAAAUCAAUUAAUAAACAAACUUCUCUUUACCAUGCCACUUCAGUUGUUUUGGCACAUAAAUUGUAUAUAUGUUAAAUUUAAGAAACUAAUUCUAUUGCUUCUUUUUGUUGUAGAGAUACAUAUUAACAAAGAACCACAUACCCAUGCUUGGACACUUCUCACUUUUCAAGUUAGCACUGGUUGUAGCUAAAAAGUCUUCUCAAUGUCAAUUAUACAAAGUUAUACACAAAAAAAACAAUGCUAUGCUUACUCUGUUCUUUUUCCCUACAAAACAUCAACUUUCUAACUCUUUUAAAACUAAAAUGAAUAUAUUUCUAAUCAGUUUUAAACUUUACACUACUCAAACAUUUCUAGCAGCUUUUAUUAAUCUCGUUCUUAGAGCAUCUAUGUAUUGUCCUCUGAUAGCUUUUCUUACAAAAAUGUUUCUUCCAUUCAAAACUGACUGCUGCAACAUAAACAACUCACCCAGGUAUGACAUAACAAUCCUAUGCUUAGUCUGUUUUUUUCCUUUUUUUUUUUUAUAUGCAAAGAUAGAAGAGAGAGAAAUAAUAGUAUCUAAGUUUCUAUAUAUGCUAUGAAACAUUUGUUUCAAUCUAUACCACUAUUAAGCUCCAUCUCACAAUAUCAGAAAUAUGUAUCUGUACAAUUUCACAGUUAAAUAGAAGACGACAUAAAACUUGUGGAUGACUGCAUCUUUCCCUCUCAUCUGAAACUUUUGUUUUACAAAUACUUUCCACAUGUGAUUUCAAAGAAAGGAUGCAAGGCCCGCAACACAUCAGGCAACCUGAGCCAAUCUCAAAGCCUCCAAUUUCCAUAUACCAGUUUUCAGGAUUAGACCAUACCAGAGCAUGUCAACAUAUGAAGGUGACUUGGUGGCAAAAUGCUACUUUACAAAGCACAACACCUGUGUAUUAUCCUCUAAUGACUUUAGUUACAAAACUCUCUAUUCCAUUCAAAAGUCACUACUGCAACAUUAACAACUCACCCAGAGAUACAUAUUAACAGACAACAACAUACCCAUGAUUGCACUCCAUGUCGAUUACAACCAAACAUUUUCUGGUAAAACCUUUGACCGACCACACUAAAUCACCUUUCCUAUUUCACCAAUAUCCAUUCAUUUUGUUCCCCAU